AUGUCAGAUGGUCAAACGGAUAGAAAAGGUAGAAUCUUGAUUAAUUUCUUGGUCAAUUGUCCGGUGGGAACCAUGUUUGUGAUAAGUGUCGAUGCUUCUAACUAUGCCAAGACGGGGGAUAAGCUAGCUGAGUUGUUGGACACUUUUGUCGAGAAAAUGGGUGAAAAAGAUGUUGUUCAAUUGAUUACCGACAAUGAGAGUAAUUAUGUAGCGGCAGGUAAAAUAUUAACUUCGAAUAGGCCAAACAAGUUUUGGACUCCAUGA